GGAUUUAAUUACCUCCAUACACAUAAACAGAAUCUGUCUGCAGGUAAAGUCUUAAUUUCUUCCAGCUGUGCUCAACAGGGAUAAUACAAGACUGGCUGAAAACCCAGCAACAGACCAGGAAUCAAGGUCUUUAUGUUAAAUGGCUGUAAUGUUUAUACAUUAUGGUUGAUGAAAAUCAGCAGUUAACCCUCUAAACAGGAAGUAAGGUCACAUCUCAAUAACUACUAACAUUAGCCGGUACAAUCAUCAUACCCUCCCGAAGGUUGUCUAUAACCUCUGCUCACACCAAUGGUGGUAUCUAAUGUCUUUUUUGAAAAAAAUAUUUAUGAUAUAUCCUUUUGUUUGAUUCUAAGUCUGACAAAGAAAAAAUUGAUUGAUCACAUAUACAGUAUGAUGACCGUCAGUUCAACCAGCUGUUGGAAAACAGCUGUUAAAAGCAACUAAUCAACAAUUUUGGGAUGAAUAAAGCUCUGUAGUUCUUGGAGUAAUAUUUGCUAAAAACUGUAACACUGUAGUUGCCAGAAGAACAGGAAAAAAAUGCUUUUGUUAAACAUCCAUGGGUAAAAAUCUAAUGAAGUAUUUAGUUUGACAGCAAGUAAAGAAGUUUGCUGCCAUGUCUGGUACAAAAACAAAGAAGCUCUUGUUUUAUUCAUUUUCCUAUCAAUACAAUUUAUCUAAAAGUCUAACGGUAUUAAAAUUCUUGACCAUGGGUCAAUGCAAAUCAUAAUCUGGAGCUAUAUAACUAAUGGUCAUUUCAGCAGAGGACCCACACACUCUUCACUCAGCCUGAUGGACGUCCUUUGGAUGAUUGUCCUCACUGUUGGUCUGCUUGGCUCACAUUGUGAGGGCGCUAUAUCCUGUAAGAAUGAAAACGGAGAUAAUGUAGACUGGUUUAUUUUGUACAAGAAGCCUGCUGGGUUUGAUUAUGUUUACAUUGAUUCAACCGACCAGAAACUUAAAAAGAAUAACAAGCCUGUCAACCACCAAGCUGGUGUCCUGGCAAAUACCCUGAAGCCCUACUUUGAAAGAACAUCAGAUUCUGCAUUCAUUGCAUACAAUGAUCAACCACCAGGUUGUAACGCAGAAAAAAAAUAUGGCCACAGCAAAGGAGUUGUGAUGAUGGAUACGACUAAUGUAGUCUGGCUUUUACACAGCACACCAAAUUUCCCAGAAGGAGAUGAAAGCAAUAAUUUCUUUCCUCCCAGUGGGAAAACGUAUGCACAGAUAUUUAUGUGUGUAACACUGCCCUCUACGAAGUCUGCAAAUAUAGCUCAGCAUCUUAAAGAUAUCAAUGCUUAUAUAUUUGAUAAGCACAAUCCUAAAAAACUCAGAGAUUCUUCCAACGACCCACCAACGCGGCCCUUCCAUGAGAACUUGUCAGCCGGUGUUCUGAAGUUUACACGCUUUGUUAAACAAAUCUCAGAGGAACGUAAAGAAGGAGAUCUUUACUUCUACAUUGCUGACACACUAGAGAGAAAUUUAUACAUCCAGACCUGGCGCAGCAACCCUGAAGACACUGAUAUCACUGACAAAAAAAAAAACCUUUACAACAUCGUGAAAGUACAAGCUGGUGGUAGUGAAUGGGAACACGGAAGUGAUCAUUCCAAAUGGUGUGUUUCUGACAGUAAAGAUUGGAUGUGUGUUGGUGACUCAAACAGAGAACCAUCACAGUUCGAAAGGCCUGGUGGUGCACUGUGCAUUAACAGCAAAGAUGUGGCAGAUGCAUUUUGGAAAAUUAAAACUGAAGAUUCAAGUAUGGAACUUCCUCUUAAAAAAAAAAAAACAAGUUCAGGUUAACUGCAGCAGACAACCGUCUCAGUCUUGUUUUCUAUCUACGUUCACCAGUUUUGAAUUUAUUGUAAAUUCAUUUCAGAUUUCAUUAAAGUGAAGCUGACUUGAAUCUGGUGCUGACAUCAUCACUCCUGUCAGUGUUAUCUAAUGUUUCUGUGAAUGAUAUGAAAUUAAAAACAUUUGAUGGAUAUUUCACAGUGUGGUUCUUUCACCCAUGGAAACCAUAAAAGCCUGAAAUAAAUGACUUUGCAUGAAUCCA